AUGCCGCCACACGCCGCGCCGGCCUGCUUCCUCGACGACGGACGCCUACCGGACACUGUGCUGCAAUCAGAGGAGACGACGCCGCUGCCACAACACACCACCACUCCUGCUGCUGGGCCGGCGUCGCUUACGCUCACUGACGUGUCGGCGGUGGGCUUGCCAACGCGUGCGGAAAGCCCCGCCCCCUCUCUUGGCUCGGCUGGCGGUAGCAGCUGCAUGGGUAGUGUGAGUUUUCCAGGGAGCAUGAGUUUCUUCAGUGCGCCGCCCCGUCUCUGUGUGUGCCACAACAUGGAGUGGAUAAGGGCGGCGUACGGCAGUCUGCCAUCGAAGCAGCAACAGCAGCAAGGCGACGACGAGGAACGGCAAGCCGUGCUGCUGUGCCUGAGUGCCAUUCCGACUCUCAUGUUUGGUCUGCCGCAUGCAAAGAUGUGCUUUGACCACGUGAGUCUCCGCCGCCUCCUUGUGGUGCUGCGAAGCGACGGAUGCUAG